GGCCUGAGGAGACGCUGUUUAUACAGAGCUGAGCCAACAUUCUCAUCAGUCCUCCUCCUUCAAGUCAGCUUCUCCUCUGAGUCUUCAUCCUACUCCUUGCUUUCCGCAUUCAUCCCGGAGUGGCCCGUGGAGACGUGCAGGACUGGGAAGAGACACCCAAAGCCAGAGGGAGAGGUGUGGGAAAGAGAAGCAGGUUACCAAACCUGGGGACGUCUUCCAAUCGAAAAGGGAAGUCAGCUGAUGAGAGUUAGUUAAAUUGAACAUCCUUUCAUGUGUAACAUCUGACUUCGGGGGAGAAAAAUGAACUUUGCGGAGGAAGAGCCCUCUAAGAAAUACUGCAUUAAAGGCAAGCACGUGGCCAUCAUCUGUGGAGUAGUGGUGGCAGUUGGAUUAAUAGUGGGACUUUCUGUGGGCUUGACCAGGUCGUGUGAGCAGGACACAACCCCGGCUCCUUCUCAAGCUCCUCCGGACAACAGCACUGCCCUGCCUCCCCAGGACCAGAAUGUCUGUCCUGACAGUGAAGAUGAAAGUGGAGAAUGGAAAAACUUCAGGCUGCCAGACUUCAUUAAACCAGUUCACUAUGACCUGGAGGUGAAGGCGCUGAUGGAGGAAGACAGGUACACGGGCACAGUGACCAUCUCUGUCAGCUUGAGCAAACCCACUCGUGACCUAUGGCUGCACAUCAGGGAGACCAAGAUCACCAAGCUGCCGGAGCUAAGGAGGCCCUCUGGGGAACAGGUACCAAUUCGACAGUGCUUCGAAUACAAGAAGCAGGAGUACGUGGUGAUCCAGGCUGAAGGAGACCUUGCAGCCACCAGUGGGGACAGUGUCUAUCGGCUGACCAUGGAGUUUGAAGGCUGGCUGAAUGGCUCCCUUGUGGGUUUUUACAGAACCACCUACGUGGAGAACGGGGAAGUCAGGAGCAUAGCAGCCACUGACCAUGAACCAACAGAUGCCAGGAAGUCCUUCCCUUGUUUCGAUGAACCCAACAAGAAGGCAACUUACAAUAUCUCCAUCAUUCACCCGAAAGAAUACUCAGCACUUUCAAAUAUGCCAGUAGAGAAAGAAGAGGUGGUGGAUAACAACUGGAAAAAAACCACUUUUAUGAAGUCUGUUCCGAUGAGCACUUACCUGGUGUGCUUUGCUGUCCAUCGGUUCACCUAUAUAGAGAAAAUCUCCAGGAGCGGCAAACCACUCAGGGUCUACGUCCAGCCUGGUCAAAAGCAAACAGCAGAGUACGCGGCAAACAUAACCAAAGCUGUGUUCGAUUACUUUGAGGACUACUUCGCUAUGGAGUACUCUCUUCCUAAACUGGAUAAAAUUGCUAUUCCAGAUUUUGGCACUGGCGCCAUGGAAAACUGGGGACUUGUCACUUACAGAGAAACAAACUUGCUUUUCGAUCCUCUGAUAUCGGCCUCAUCCAACCAGCAGAGAGUGGCCAGCGUGGUUGCCCAUGAACUCGUGCACCAGUGGUUUGGAAAUACCGUGACCAUGGACUGGUGGGACGACUUGUGGCUAAAUGAAGGAUUUGCCUCGUUCUUCGAGUUCUUGGGAGUAAACCACACAGAAAAAGACUGGCAGAUGCUCAGUCAGGUGCUGCUGGAAGACGUGUUCCCUGUGCAAGAGGACGACUCCCUGAUGUCUUCACAUCCAGUGGUCGUCACCGUGUCCACGCCAGCUGAAAUAACAUCCGUGUUUGAUGGAAUAUCAUACAGCAAGGGAGCUUCUAUUCUGAGAAUGCUUCAAGACUGGAUAACACCAGAGAAAUUCCAAAAAGGCUGUCAGAUCUACUUGAAAAAUUUCCAGUUCAAGAAUGCAAAAACUUCAGACUUUUGGGACUCACUGGAAGAGGCAAGUAAUCAACCAGUGAAAGAAGUAAUGGACAGUUGGACUAGCCAGAUGGGCUAUCCUGUGGUGACUGUGAGUGGAAGGCAGAACAUCAUCCAGAAACGCUUUCUGUUGGACUCCAAAGCUGAUCCUUCCCAGCCACCAUCAGAGCUUGGUUACACAUGGAAUAUUCCAGUCAAAUGGGCCGAAAAUAACAACUCAUGGAUCACAGUGUACAACAGGUCAGACAAAGGAGGAAUCACUUUGAAUGCUAAUCUUAGUGGAGAUGUUUUUCUCAAAAUAAACCCAGAUCACAUUGGGUUUUAUCGUGUGAAUUAUGAAGAAGGAACUUGGGAUUGGAUAGCUGGGGCUCUCUCCUUAAACCACACGAGCUUCUCCUCUGCUGACCGCUCAAGCUUUAUUGAUGACGCUUUUGCUUUGGCAAGAGCUCAACUUCUGAAUUAUAAAAUAGCUCUGAACUUGACCAUGUAUCUCAAAUCGGAAGAGGAUUACCUGCCAUGGGAAAGAGUCAUUUCAGCUGUGAGCUACAUCAUUAGCAUGUUUCAAGAUGACAGAGAGCUGUACCCCAUGAUAGAGACGUACUUCCAAGGCCAAGUGAAGCCCAUUGCAGAUUCUCUGGGAUGGCAGGAUACUGGAAGCCACAUCACAAAGUUACUCCGGGCCUCUAUAUUAGGAUUCACAUGCAAGAUGGGAGACAGAGAAGCCUUGGGCAAUGCUUCGCAGUUAUUUGAAGCCUGGCUAAAAGGGAGUGCAAGCAUUCCUGUGAACCUCAGGCUUCUCGUGUACCGCUAUGGAAUGCAGAACUCUGGCAAUGAGGCCGCGUGGAACUAUACUCUAGAACAGUAUCAGAAAACAUCUCUAGCACAAGAGAAAGAAAAAUUGCUCUAUGGGUUAGCUUCAGUGAAGGAUGUAACACUCUUGGCAAGGUAUCUGGAAAUGCUGAAAGACCCCAGUAUUAUUAAAACUCAGGAUGUAUUCACCGUUAUCCGCUACAUCUCCUACAACAGAUAUGGGAAGAGCAUGGCCUGGAACUGGAUCCAGCUUAACUGGGACUAUCUGGUCAGCAGAUUUACACUCAAUGACAGAAACCUUGGCCGGAUCGUCACCAUAGCUGAGCCCUUCAACACUGAGCUGCAGCUCUGGCAGAUACAGAGCUUUUUUGCAAAAUAUCCAAAUGCUGGUGCUGGAGCAAAACCUAGGGAGCAAGUGCUGGAAACGGUGAAGAACAAUAUCGAGUGGGUAAAUGUGAACAGACAAUCCAUCGGCGAAUGGUUCACUAGCAUGCUGUAGGAUGGUCAAAGAAUUUCGUCUAUAUCUCCGCUGCACCGUGGAGCCGGAGGUGGCCAGUUUUACAAACUGCAGAGGGAGCCUUCGAAACUAGUUCUGCUUUUGCUAAGUACUGUAUUUAUGUCUCGCAAAGCUUUUAAAUUAUUUCUCUUUGUUUUUGCAGGAAGAUACUAAUAGAGUAUUUAAUAUACUCAGGGAUUUCUGCUAAGUGUACUUCAUAAGAAUGUCUUUAUAAACUGAAGGGUUUAAUAGUCACAUUAAUGUCUUUAAAUAUCAUUCCUUGUAUCUUAAAUCUGUGAAAAUGGAGCAAUUUGGUCCUAGCUUUACAUUUUUAGUACCAAAGAAACACCACUUAAUCUUCUCUCUUGAUUGAUUUUUAAAGUUUAAAUACCAGUACUUGCAGGACGUAUUGCCAUCUUAAUCUUUAUUUUAUUAUUCAGAAUUACAUAGACCUAAUAUCAUUUUAUUCACAAAUGUCUCACUGCUCUAAAUCCUACCAAAGUAACCUUGGCUUAAGUUUUGCUCAAGGAUUGAAUGAAUGAGCCAAAGAAAUGACUGACUGUUGCCUCUGGUCUUAUGAAAGCGAUCAAACAACGCUGUAUUCUUUUUUAAAAAAAAAAAUAAAUUUAAAUUAUUACUUUGAAAAACA